GAUGGGCACACAGACCCGCCUCUCAAGAAGGCAAAGAAGGCCAAGGACCAGAAGGAGCAGAGGGGCCGGGGCGGUGACAGUGGUGGCAAGGUGGAGGUCAAGAAGAUGCCAUGGACGCCGAAUCCACCCCCAGAACCUGUGCGGCCGCCUGGAUCGACCGGAGUCGUUUUGCCGAAUCCACCCCCAGAACCUGUGCGGCCGCCUGGAGCUGUCGGAGUCGUUGUGCCACCACCUCCACGACCGCGCGCUGGUCCUGCGCAAGGUGCAGGCGACGUUCGCCCCAAGGCAAUGCCGAAGCGGAGGGUGGAGGUUGACCCCGAGGAGGCGAACAAAGGAGUGGGCAAGGGCACGGCGAAGGAAGAGAGCGACACGGAGUGA